GCGUCCCGAGCGACUGGCUUGUUCAGCCCUCGCUGGCCCCCUCCUGGCUCCCUCCGUUAGGACGUGCUAGUCUGGGCUUGGCCGAGACCGCUGUUCUGCCGGCCCUCAGCCUGCUUCCCUCAGCUACCACCCGGAACCAUGACGUCUGAGGAGGCGCGGCACCUGCUCUUCCAGUCUCACAUGGCAACAAAAUCUUGUAUGUCCUCCCAGGUAUCUGAUGAUGAAAAGAGAAAAAGAGAAAAUAUUCGUUCUUUGACUAUGUGUGGCCAUGUUGGUUUUGAGAAUUUGCCUGAUCAGCUGGUCAACAGAUCAAUUCAGCAAGGCUUCUGUUUCAAUAUUCUCUGUGUUGGGGAGACUGGAAUUGGAAAAUCAACGCUGAUUGAUACAUUGUUUAAUACUAAUUUUGAAGACCAUGAAUCCUCACAUUUUUACCCACAUGUUAGACUUAAAGCUCAGACAUAUGAACUCCAAGAAAGUAAUGUUCGAUUGAAAUUGACCGUUGUGAAUACAGUGGGAUUUGGUGACCAAAUAAACAAAAAAGAAAGCUACCAACCAAUAGUUGAUUACAUAGAUGCUCAGUUUGAGGCCUAUCUCCAAGAAGAACUGAAGAUUAAGCGUUCUCUCUUUAACUACCAUGAUUCUCGUAUCCAUGUGUGCCUCUACCUCAUCUCACCAACAGGCCACUCUCUGAAGACACUUGAUCUCUUAACCAUGAAGAGCCUUGACAGCAAGGUGAACAUUAUACCAGUGAUUGGCAAAGCAGACGCAAUUUCUAAAACUGAAUUACAGAAGUUUAAGAUCAAGCUCAUGAGUGAACUGGUCAGCAAUGGUGUCCAGAUAUACCAGUUCCCAACAGAUGAUGAAACUGUUGCUAAAAUCAAUGCUUCAAUGAAUGGACAGUUGCCAUUUGCUGUUGUAGGAAGUAUGGAUGAGGUAAAAAUUGGAAAUAAGAUGGUCAAAGCUCGCCAGUACCCUUGGGGUAUAGUACAAGUGGAGAAUGAAAACCACUGUGACUUUGUGAAGCUCCGGGAAAUGCUCAUUUGCACAAAUAUGGAGGACCUGCGAGAACAGACCCACUCUAGGCACUACGAACUGUACAGGCGCUACAAACUGGAGGAGAUGGGCUUUACUGAUGUGGGCCCAGAGAGUAAGCCACUCAGUCUUCAAGAGACCUACGAAGCCAAAAGACACGAGUUUUAUGGGGAACUCCACAGGAAGGAAGAAGAGAUGAAGCAGAUGUUUGUGCAGCGAGUAAAGGAGAAAGAAGCCAUACUAAAAGAAGCUGAAAGAGAGUUACAGGCCAAAUUUGAUCACCUCACAAGAGUCCACCAAGAAGAGAGAAUGAAACUUGAAGAAAAGAGAAGACUUUUGGAAGAAGAAAUAAUCUCUUUCUCUAAAAAGAAAGCUACCUCUGAGAUAUACCAGAACCAGACCUUUAUGGCGAUGGGCAGCAACUUGAAGAAAGACAAAGACCGUAAAAAGGAACCAGGCUAUCGAUUCGAACUCCUGUGCUUUGAUGUCAGAGCUUGUGAAACCAAUGGUGGACGUAAAGAUGCAGAGGAAGGUAGAGAGGGUACCAGUACAAUGGGGUGGCCAUGAGUAGCAUUUGGAUGAUAUUCUCAAGGCUUAUAGGUUUGGGGUAUGUGUUACAAUCGAACUUAACCAAAGUUUUAGAAAAUAAGUUUUUUUUUCCUCUUUUGUACUUUGUACAAAAAGAACAAAAUUCUCCCACUUAAAGUUUCUCCCACUUAAAAUGUCCCCAUCAGUUUGCCUAUCUGACUAUUCUCAUAAUUCAUCAUUGACUUGUAUUGGGAAUGUUUCUUUGUGGGUUUUUGCCUCAAUUUACUCCAACUAUCUCUGCUCUAGCAGCAUCAAGUCCUCCUUAUGUUCCUCACAGAGCAACACUUCUGGUUAAUUUUAUCACCCAGCUUACGAUAUUUUGCCAUAUAUAAUGUGCAGUUUUUUGCCAAAAUUUUUGAGGGAAAAAUAAGGAUGUGUAUUUUACAUAGGUAGUACUAAUUCCAUAUCUAGAUAAAUGUUUUCAAUUAUUUUAUUUAUGCUUAUGCCUUAAAAGUGUAGCUCUAGUUUUGUAAUUACUUGUUACAUAAAAUUUCUUGUGCCAUAAUAUAUUUAAAAAAUGCUAAUAUUUCUUUAUAAUACAAAAAAAACCCAGUAUCUAAAUAUAAAUAAAUAAAUAAUUGAACUCAAAAAUUAAAACGAAAGAUUUUUUCCCUGAAAGUUUUGGCCAAAAACAUGGGCAUGCAUUAUACACGAGAGCACAUUAUGCAUGACAAAAGUAUGGUGCUUCUAACCUAGCAUUUUCAGAAUAUUGUAACUCAGUUUCAUAAUAGGAAAACAUUCAUUUGGUCCAUGGUAGCUUACCAAUUUUGAACUAUGGAGAAGUAAAUCCAGAGGGUUUUAGUGUAUUUCAUUGACCUGUGGAUUUUACAGCUUUUGAUGGAAGACAGAGGAAUUCUCAUAAAUGAUAUUUUAAUAUAAGCUCCACAGGGGCAUGGAUUCUAAGUUUUCUUCAUGGAUGUAUCCCUUCCCAAAGCCUAGAACAGUGUCUGGUACAAUAGUGGGCAUCCAUUAUUUGUCAAAGGAAUAAUAUGACGUUUAUUCAAAUAUUGAAUUUAAAAAGAUAAAACAAUAAAUGUAAUUUAUUAUUGCUUUUCAUUAUGCUUUGUCUUACAAAGCUAUGGGACCUAUUACCUUCUUUUUAUCUUAAUCCAAUGUUAAUAAAAUUGGAUUCCCCCAUAUUUAUUUUAUAUAUGAAAGACAAUUUACACUUACCUUGUGGAAAUUAUCAUCCUCCUUCACUUGAGAACCAUUGGUAUGAGCUGUUGCUGACAAAAUCAGGGCCAAGCCCAUAGCUUUUUGAGAGCCCAGAAUUCAUCCUCAAGAAAAUAGAGUUUGGUGGAGGGGGGUUUGCCUCUCUUUCCAAAGUUCCAUAGUUAGAUAUUCUACAGAAUAUUAAUUAGAUGUAUACUUGUUCUUUGUGGAAAAGUUUUGUAAAACUAAUGAUUCUAGUAAUUUUUAUUUCUUAUAUGGUUUUAUAUUGUGCCAAUCAAAUAUUUUUUUUCUCUUUCCAGCUCCAAUUUUAUGUAAAACAAAUGUUACAGAUCACAGAAGGUCUUCACAAGCAAAGUUAUUAAAAUGUUAGAAGUA